CAUGUCCCGGAAAGUACAACCUACAGCCCCCAGAGCCCAGGAGCACCAGCUCUCAGCCCAGGAGAGUCGGCCACCCCCAGAGGCCAAUGCUGAAGCCCUGCGCUUCCUCAGAUCCCUCCGGCAGGAGGAGCUGCAGAUGCUGUUCUUCUCCGAGACUCUGGUCAUGGUCUCAGACUCAGGGGAGCCUCAGGGAGAGCUGACCAUUGAGGUGCAGAGAGGAAGAUACAAGGACGACUUUGGCCUCAUGUCGCACUGCGUCCUGGUGCACGCCUUUAGCCGCGGCCUCAUGGACAAGAUGCUCUGCGGAAACUCCCUCCUGGGCCAUCUCUCAUGGAACCUGGAGCUCAUGGAACAACACAGUCAGGAGUUCAUCAAGUUCCACAUCCUCCCCAUGGAACGGAAGACGAGUUUGCUGAAGCAGGAUGAUCAACUGGUCAUGACCAGAAGCAUCAAGGAGGGCCAGGAAGUGAAGACCGAAGUGGCUUUUUUCCCCUGGCACUCAAUCACAGGCUUCAUCUCCGAGGCUGCCAACCUGGUGUUGCUGAGGGUGAUGGCCUGGCGGCAGACGGUGCCCAGCAACGCCCGCUUCCUGGCCUUGGACACAGAGGGCAAACUCUGCUAUUCUACUUACCAAGCCCUGGGCUCCCAGGCGAUCCAGGUGGGCCACCGGCAGGUGGAAGUGUUCACCGUGGAGCAGACUGUGCACUCGGAGGAGGGCAUCCCCAUGUCCUGCCAGUUCUACCUGCUCCCUGAUGGGCACGUAGCCAAGAGAGUCCAGGUGGGCUCCCCCGGCUGCUGCAUGAUCACCAAGAUGCCCAUCUUGAGGGAGGAGGAUGAGAUUGAGCCUCGCCCAACAUUUGAGAAGAAGCCCCUGGUUUGGGAGGAGGACGUGGAGCUCUACUCGAGGUUCAUGGAGCGGAAGGAGGAGCUCCGUCUCAGCCACAACAGCUACCUGCGGCAGCACCCGGAGGCCCACGCGCUCAUCUCCGAUUUCCUGCUGUUCCUGCUGCUGCGCCAGCCCGCCGACGUGGUCACCUUCGCGGCCGACUUCUUCGGCCCCUUCGCCGUGCGCCGCCGGCCGACCCCCUCCCUGCGCUCCUCCAACCGGCCCAGCCCCUUCCGCUCGCUGGACCCGGAGUGCAGUCCCAGCGAGGGCUAGCGGGGCGCGCCGCCGGCAGGAAGCGGGGCCUCCGGCGGGCCAGGCGGGACGCCCCCGGGGACGCGCUUUCCGGGCUGCGGUUUGGAUGGGAGUAAGCGGGGCCCUCCCGCGGCGCUGCCCUGCGAGCCGGAAUCUUCCCUGGCCCACGUCUUGUCUUGCACUAAAAAUAGGAACCGUUAACAGUGUCUAUCGAGCUAAUUGCAGCCUUUCUUCCUAGAUGCUAUUAUUACCAAUAUUCCUAUUUUACAGAAAAGAAAAUAGAGGCACAGAAAGGUAAAGUAGCUUUUAAGAGUUAGCAGGUGGGACGCAGGCUUCAUACCUGGACGUUGGUUUCCAAACCCGGUCACUAGGUUAGCGGGGGUGCAGGGGCGGAGCUUCUUGGCGCUCGGAAUCACCCUGGAUACCACGAAGCGUAAUUCCCCGCUCUCGGCUCCCAAAGAAAAAGAGCAGACGAAGUGGGGCGACUGGGGCGGGGUCUGGAUCACCACCGGUCUUGCUCAUCACCUCCGAAACCUGCCAAAACACCCGCCCCCACCUCUCACUCUCCACCUCCUUCCUCCCGGUUCCCGCUGAUACACAGGAACCCCCCAACUGCAGGCGGGGUCCCCAGUUCCCGGCUCCGGGAGAAAAGAGGACGGGCAAGUGAUCAUCCCCUCCUUUAGCCUCCUUGCUUUACGUCUGUCUGGCCAGCGGCUUGUUUCUGCCCAAUGAUGGCCACCGCUCAGUGGCAAAUAUUAGGCGAGCUCCCCCAAGGCAGCUGGUGAUGGGGUGCUGGCUCCAUCCCUCCAUCUAUUCGCUCAUCCGACCUGCUGCUGCAAGAUGGGAACUCGGAGAUGC